AUGCAACAAUGUACCGACUGCACCCCCCUCUUCUACAAGCACUAAGAGAAUCGAAUGUGGGGGGGGGGACUUCUUUUACUUAACCACAUUUAACUGCUUUGUUUCGGCUAUUGUAUUAUUCUUCGGAGCCCUUUAAUAGCUUCAGGGAAGGAGGCGCCUGAUACAGUUGGAUUUGCAUCGAUGUCAAGGAGACACAGAGCCACUCUGUGACAGCACCGCCGCCGCUUUAAUAACAGCAGUUGCGGCGGCAGUAAGGGGGCGAGGAAGAUUUACUUCCCUCUUUCGCGAACGGAGAAGCGGUUCCUUCUUUCUGGCGCAGCCCCGCGGUGAGGAGCUAAAGGGUCACACCACCGCAGGGGCGGCGCAGUGGAAUCUAGGCUACUGGACCAGUUUGGCGGCGGCCCCUCGGCUCCCCAAAGCGCAGAGGCAGGAUCAGAUUCCUCUCCUCUGAAUUGGCAAGUCGUGCUCAGCCAACAUGGAUCCUGGCUCCAAGAGGUCCGCGGCAGAGGAAGGGAGUCCGCUGCAGCCCCAGGAAGAAGAAGUGGACCCCAGGAUUCAAGGAGAACUAGAAAAGUUGAAUCAAUCUACAGAUGAUAUUAAUCGGAGAGAAAUGGAGCUUGAGGACGCACGUCAGAAAUUCCGGUCAAUUCUGGUGGAAGCUACAAUAAAACUGGAUGAACUUGUGAAGAAGAUUGGAAAAUCUGUAGAAGAUUCAAAGCCUUACUGGGAAGCCCGAAGGGUUGCCAGGAAGGCUCAGCUAGAAGCUCAGAAAGCAACACAGGAUUUUCAGAGAGCAACAGAGGUGCUACGGGCUGCUAAGGAAACCAUUUCUCUUGCAGAACAGAGGCUGUUGGAAGAUGACAAACGUCAAUUUGAUUCUGCAUGGCAAGAAAUGCUCAAUCAUGCCACCCAGCGGGUUAUGGAAGCAGAGCAGACAAAAACUAGAAGUGAACUUGUACAUAAAGAAACAGCAGCCAAAUACAAUGCUGCCAUUGGCAGAAUGAAACAGUUGGAGAAAAAGCUGAAAAGGGCAAUCAACAAAUCCAAGCCUUAUUUUGAACUCAAAGCAAAAUAUUAUGUACAAUUAGAGCAAUUAAAGAAGAUAGUGGAUGAUCUGCAAGCAAAAUUGGCUUUGGCAAAGGGUGAAUACAAAACAGCCUUGAAGAACUUGGAGAUGAUCUCUGAUGAGAUUCAUGAGAGGCGACGAGUUUCAUCAAUGGGGCCCAGAGGAUGUGGUGUUGGGGCUGAAGGCAACAGUAUUUCAGCAGAAGACUUUUCAACAUGCAAGUUAGAUUCAGAUAAUAUUUCCAUUGCAUCAGAAGUAUUUGAGGAUGACAACUGCAGCAGUUUUGUGUCUGAAGAAGACUCUGAAACUCAGUCUCUAUCUAGUUUCAGUUCUGGUCCAACAAGCCCUUUUGAUAUACCAGCUCAGUUUCUUCCAAUGACUCGACCUAAAAGCUUGGAUUUGUCUAGCCCUGUAUCACUCUCUGAAUUUGGUGCAUUUCCUCUAUUAGGACCUCGCAGUGAAUGUAGUGGGGCAUCCUCUCCUGAAUGUGAAAUUGAAAGAGGAGAUAGGGCAGAGGGAGCUGAGAACAAGAUACUUGACAGAGUGAACAAGAACAAUAGUGUAGGCAGCAGCUCUUCUUCCAGUGGACCAGCACUGAACAAUCAGUUGAAGCAACUUUCCCUACAAUGCCUGAAAAUCAAGGAUGGGGUUUGUGCAGACAAAUAAAUAAAUAGUACAAAUUGGGUGAAGUAAUGUCCGGGAAUAUAAUUUAUUUAUACACAAAUGUUUUCUGAUUGUCCGAAUCUUGUGCCAACAACUAAUAUGUGUCAAACUUUUAAGUCUUUAUUGCACAAUUUGCAGGCUUAUAUAAUUGCAUAGGGUUAAAAUGUGUAUUGAAAUAUGUAACAGAAAUUUUUGGUCAGGACAGAAAUUGUAAAGGACAGAAAUAUCAACCCUUAAGACAUUUUGUAACACUUUGGGAGAAGCAAUAACAAAGCCAGGUUGGGAGGAUUAGCUGGUAUCUGGUUUGUAAUUUGAGCUACUGUUUAAUGCCAUAAAAUUCCAGGAUGCCAGCUGCAUAACCUUUGAAAUACAUUGUAUUGUGUUUGGAAGGAACACAAUACUUCCAC